CUAUCAACACUGGAAGGAACGAAACAUUCAUACACAUAUAUAGAUUUUAAAAAACAAAAUGUCGACACCUUCGCUCACCUUUUACGAUAUCGCGUCAGGCCCGCCUACGCGCACCUAUGCCCCAAACCCAUGGAAAACAAGAUACGCCUUGAACUUCAAGCACCGUCACAAUGGCGUCGAGUACAAGACGGAAUGGGUCGACCUCCCCGAGGUGACCGAGGUCCGCAAGAGCCUGGGCGCCGCUCCCGUGCGCAAGCACUGGAUCGACGACGGCGACUUCUACACACUGCCCGUGGUCGUGGACCACGCCACUGACAAGACGGUGGGGGACUCGUUUGACAUUGCCGUCUACCUCGACAGACAAUACCCCAGCAGGGACGGCGAGCCCGUCCUCUUCCCGCCGUCCACCGUCGCCCUCCAACGGGCCUUCAACACAUACAUCGACAAGGUCUUUACAGACCACGUGGUGCUCGGCUCGCAGAGCAUGCCGUUCAACCCUGAGACGGCUGCGAUAUCCAAGGCAGAGUUCUGCAGGCGCGCUGGGAGGACGAGCUGGGACGAGCUGUGCGUCGAGGGCGAGGCCCGAGCGGCGGUCCUCAAGAGCUUCGAGACCACCAUGCGCGAGGUGGCUAAGCUGUACGUCAGGCGGGACGAAGGGCCGUUUCUCGAGGGCGCGGUGCCCAUGUAUGCGGAUUUCAUCGUGGGCGGGUGGCUUGCGAUGUUUAAGGAGGUGUUGCCGGAGUGGCAGGAGCUGAAAGGUUGGCAUGAUGGGCUCUGGGGAGCGGUCCACGAUGCAUUGAAUGAGUAUGCGGAGAUACAUUGA